AUGAACGACCAAAUGGAUAAGAUUUUUAUUCAUUCAAACGAUAAUGAGAUAACCAUCAACUCCCUAGCUAACCAUUUUACAGAUACUAUUAACAAAGCAGCUACGAGUUUAAUAUCUUUCAAAAAAUUGAAGAAGAAUUCCAAUAAGGUGGGAACGAAUUCAAUUCCAAAGCAGAAUUGGUUUGAUAAUAACUGUUACCGUCUUAAAAAAGAACUACGAAACUUAGGGAAGCUAUUAUCUAAACAACCAAAUAACCCUUUUGUAAGACACUUGUUCUUCACCAAGAAAAAAGAAUACAAGAAAUUAACUAGAAAACUUAAGAGGAAUUUUUAUAGCAAUAUAUUGGAUAAAAUUAAAAUCCUGGCGGAUAGCAAUCCGAAAGCGUUUUGGAACCUUGUUAACUCAAUUAAAUCCAAUCGUACUAGUGGUUCCAACGAAAUAUCGCCCGUUGAGUGGUUUAACUAUUUUCACGACCUAAAUAAGACUAAUUUUUCCUCUGAGAGCACUAGCACUGAGUCUCGAAUAGUCGCUGAUAUUAACCUUUGGGCGACCAGUGGUGUUGAGAUUCUUGACAAACCAAUUUCUUUAAAAGAAAUUCACGACAUCUCUAGAAAACUCAAACCUAACAAAGCAAGCGCAAACGAUUCACUUAAUAAUGAAAUUAUUAAAAUAUCAUCCAUUAGUUUAGCUCCUCACUAUGUGAAACUAUUUAAUAAGAUUUUAUCUAGUGGAGUUUUUCCAAAAAUAUGGUCGGAAGGCCUUAUUACUCCUAUACACAAAUCGGGAAAUAAAACUGAUCCUGGAAAUUACAGAGGUAUAUGCAUCUCUAGCUGUUUAGGAAAAUUUUUCACUUCAAUUCUUUAUGCACGUUUAAAUGUUUUUCUAGAAGAAAACAGUAUUUUGAACAAGUACCAAAUUGGUUUUAGACAUGGAUUUCGUACGUCUGAUCAUCUGCUCGUUCUUAAAACAUUAAUAGACUCUUAUAAGUUAAGGCGGAAACCUAUGUUUGCAUGUUUUGUUGAUUUCAGGAAAGCAUACGAUAGUGUCUGGCGAGAAGGUUUAUUUUUUAAACUGAUAAACUACGGAUGUAGCAGAAAAUUUGUCACAAUUUUACUGAACAUGUAUUCUUCUGUUAAAUCAGCGGUUAAGCUUGAACAAGGUGUCACACCAUUCUUUCAAUCUCAUGUUGGAGUAAAACAAGGAUGUAACCUAAGUCCAACAUUGUUCAACCUCUUCAUCAACGAUAUACCUAAUUUAUUUAAUACUACUUGUGAACCUGUGAAGUUCGGAGACACUGAGUUGAGUUGUUUGCUGUAUGCCGACGACUUGGUGAUAAUGUCAGAAUCGGAAUCUGGGUUACAAUGCUGCCUUCAAAAACUUGAACUAUAUACUAAGAAAUGGAAAUUACAAGUUAAUCUAAAAAAAACAAAAAUUCUGAUUUUCGGGACACAGUAUCAAAGACGACAAUUUAUCUCCACCAAGUGGUUCUUCGGGGACAAACCACUGGAUUGU